GGAGAAGGAGCCCGGCCCGGUUGGGCUGCAGGCGCUGGAGCUGCCGAACUCAGCUCAGAUGUGAGGCUGCAGUGGAAGGGAAGGAGCGCAGCCCGGCACAGAGCUCGUGGCACGGCCCUGGGCUCCCCUCCCUGCUGCAGCAAAGUGUUCUCUGACCGCCGGCUCUGAAAGCCUCUCUGCCUCGCCCCGAUCCGCCCCGAGGAAAGUGGGAGAGGAACACGUGGGGCCCCCGGCAGCCCCCCGCCCCGCAUUCCUCCAUGCCAUGAACUCCCUACUCACCGUGCCCACUGAGCUCAGCGCAGCCUGAUCCCCCCCUGCCUGGCAGAGCGGUCGUCCACCUGGAUCACAUCCGUCAUCUGGGAUUCACACAGCAUCAGCUGCAUCACAAUAGCACGCCCAGGCCACAGGAGGUGCCUCGAUGCCCCUUCCCACCAGGGCAUGAGCAGGGCCUGGUGGCCCUACGCAUGCCAACAGAGGGCACGGGGGUCCCCUGGCCACUGUGAUGCUGUUGUAGAGUUGCUGGGGUAGACCUGAGAUUGAACAGCCCCAGUGUGUGAGAGAACAUGGAGGAGUUUUUGCUUACCAAUGGCUACCAGCUUGGCAAAACCAUUGGGGAGGGAGCUUACUCCAAAGUGAAGGAGGCCUUUUCCCAUAAGCACCAGAAGAAAGUAGCAAUUAAAAUAAUUGAUAAGAGUGCAAGUCCAGAAGAGUUCAUUCAGAAAUUCCUGCCCCGGGAGCUGCAGAUCAUCGAGCGCUUGGACCACAAGAACAUCAUCCGCAUGUACGAGGUGCUGGAGUCUGCAGAGGGGAAGAUCUACCUGGUGAUGGAGCUGGCCGAGGACGGGGACAUGUUUGACUACGUGGCACACAAGGGUCCCCUGCCCGAGCACCGCGCCAGGGCGAUCUUCCGCCAGCUGGUGGAGGCCAUCCAGUACUGCCACAGCUGCGGGGUGGCUCACCGCGACCUCAAGUGCGAGAACGCGCUGCUGCAGGGCCAGACCGUGAAGCUGACGGACUUCAGCUUCGCCAAGCGGCUCCCUGCAGGCAGCCGGGAGCUGAGCCGCACCUUCUGCGGCAGCAUGGCCUACGCAGCGCCCGAAGUGCUGCACGGAGUGCCUCACGACAGCCGCAAGGUCGACAUCUGGAGCUUGGGCGUCAUCCUCUACGUCCUGCUGUGCGCCCAGCUGCCCUUCGACGACACCAACAUCCCGCAGAUGUUGUGCCAGCAGCAGAAAGGCGUCUCCCUGCCCAGGCACCUGCGGGUCUCCAGGUCGUGCCAGGACCUCCUGAAAAGGCUCCUGGAACCAGACAUGGUCCUGCGGCCCUCGGUGGAGCGGCUCAGCAGGCACCCCUGGCUGGCCAGACCCUGAGAAGCGCUCGCCCCACUCUGUCCCGCAGGGAGGAAUUGCUUCUAGGAUGCCAAUAAACUCGGAUGUCAGUGUU